AAAGUUUAUCAGCACAUUUAUUGAGUGGCAAGGAACAAAGUAGUCAUCUUUGUCCAAGUUUGCAAUGGUGCUUCCACAGUCUCUGUUGCUAUAGCUGCCUACUGCCACCACUCACACACUGCCACCAAAAUACCCAAAUGACAACUCUCUCCUACACCUUCCCUAGCACCACCACCAGCAGCAGCACUAGGAGGUUCUUGAUUACUAGCAAUGGGUCUUCUUGCCGGCGGCGCCCCAAUAUUUCCACUGAAGACCAACCCUGCUCCUCUUCAGUCUGUUAUCAAGGGGCAGUGCAGUCUUAUGGUCUGCAGAAGCAACGAGUACAAUUAAAUAGCAUAUCAAAGGCUAUGAGAAUGAGAAGACUUGAUUCAGUUGUAAGACAAAAGAAAGGAGCAAUUAGAUGUAACAUUGAACUUCAGGACUUCAUAGGUGGAGAUCUCAUUAAACCUGAUUUGGGUCAAUGGUUAUCAGAUGUGGAAGAACACAAAGCUAUAGCAAUUUACUCUCCUCAUGAAGGGGGCUACGAAGGACGCUACCUUACACGUCUUAAGUACCAGGGAUAUCAUUUCUUGGACCUUUCGGCUCGUGGCCUCGGUGACCCUGAAACCACUCUUACCAAAUUCCACCCUGUCUGCCCUGCUCAUGUUGGUAAGCAACCAAUAGCUAGAUGGUAUUUUCCUCCAGAAGUUGAUUAUAGGCUUUCUUUACUUCCUCCGGAUGCUAAAGGAUUAGUGGUUUGGAUAAUAGAAGCCAAGGUCUUAUCAAAGGCAGAGCUGCAGUUUCUUGCUUUACUCCCGACACUUCGUCCUAAUGUGAGGGUCAUUGCAGAGUGUGGUAACUGGAGAAAGUUCAUGUGGAAGCCACUCAAGGAAAUUGCAGGUUUAUCUCAGUCAUAGGGAAAGAAUAUAAGUUCACAUUAUUGGAACUUGACACUGUAAAAUAGGCAUUUACUUAAGAGCUACUUGUUCUUGUGAAUUAUUUGUAUGCUUCAAUGUUUUACAAUGUACAUCAAUGUAUAUGAAUUUAGCAAAAUUAUGCCAUCUACUUUAAUUAUA